UUCAACCGGAGCAAUCCACUGGGCUGCUGGGUCCUCUCUACAGAGUAUACUCGCCUUCAACCGGAGCAAUCCACUGGGCUGCUGGGUUCUCUCUACAGAGUAUACUCUCCUUCAACCGGAGCAAUCCACUGGGCUGCUGGGUCCUCUCUACAGAGUAUACUCGCCUUCAACCGGAGCAAUCCACUGGGCUGCUGGGUCCUCUCUACAGAGUAUACUCGCCUUCAACCGGAGCAAUCCACUGGGCUGCUGGGUCCUCCUUACAGAGGCGAGUAAUUCUGGUGGAUAACGAGUGAAACACAAUAAUAAUAUUGCAGCAGUAACCGCAAGCGUACUGUCGGGGACCGACUGUCCCAGGAUUAUCCUUUCCAGCCGGCAAGUCUGGCCAUGUUUUUAUGAAACCGGACCAGGGUAUGCCUUUUUCAAUCAGGCAAAAUACUAUGCAAGUCGAAAUUAUACAUCAAUUUUAAAUGACAGAGACAGAGAGAACAGAGCAGUGUAACCACUUCCUUACCACAGCGCCCCCUGUAGUUACUGUGACCAUGAGCAGUGAGUUGAACGUGCCGAUGGGCUCCCCCGCUCCUGGCUGCUCGGAGCGGGGCAGUGUGGGAAGGAUGGAUUACCGGGACUGGGUGCGGCGCAGCUAUCUGGAGCUGGUCUCCUCCAACCACAACUCUGUGCAGGCCCUGUCCUGGAGGAAGCUCUACCUGAGCAGGGCCAAGCUGAAGGCCUCCAGCCGCACCUCGGCUCUGCUCUCGGGGUUUGCCAUGGUAGCUAUGGUGGAGGUCCAGCUGGAGAUGCAGUAUAACUACCCGGGAGUGCUGCUGAUUGCCUUCAGUGUGUGCACCACAGUGCUGGUGGCGGUGCACCUGUUCGCCCUGCUCAUCAGCACCUGCAUCCUGCCCAACGUGGAGGCUGUGAGCAACAUCCACAACCUGAACUCUGUGAACGAGUCCCCCCACGAGCGCAUGCACCACUACAUCGAGCUGGCCUGGGGCUUCUCCACCGCCCUGGGCAUCCUGCUCUUCCUAGCUGAGGUGGUUCUGCUCUGCUGGAUCAAGUUCCUGCCCGUAGACUCUGGGGCCAUGCAGCCCAGUACCAGUGGCUCCCAGACCCACUCUCCUCCUGGGUACGCAGGCUGGCAGGCAGCCCUGGCUUCCACCAUCAUCAUGGUGCCCGUGGGGGUCAUCUUCGUGGUGUUCACCGUUCACUUCUACCGCUCCCUGGUGCUACACAAGACUGAGCGACACAACCAGGAGAUUGAGGAGCUGCACAGGCUGAAGGUGGAGCUGGACGGGCAUGAGAGGAACGUGCAGGUGGUCUAACCUGCCAAAGCCUCUAUGUCUGUUGCCAAUACUGAGCAGGCCAGCUGUAUGAGAUUCAGCAUGUGUGCUAAAAACUAAAAGGAGGCUUUACAAAGAAAAUCCAUUGCAACCUCAAGAGUGCCUAAAGGAGCGUCAUGGAUGUGGGUAAAACUUAUGAGCGGGGAGCAAUCCCACGGAUAUUUUUUUGAAAAUGCCCAGCUCUUUUCAGUAGUUUUGACUUCUGUAGCGUUUUCUCUGAAAUGUCUACAUAUUCCAUAUGAAAGUGGACCAAAAGAUCUUCAACAGAAGAGAAAGGGGGGGGAGUCGUUAGUGCAAGUAAGGAGUAAGAACAUUGAUUUGACUCCUUGUUUUGUAUCCCUUUAAGAUAUAUUUUUAAACUGCUUCCUCCGAUCUAGUGACAAACCAUUUGGCGUGCUACUUUCAGUCUUUAAAUUAUCAUUCCUUGAUGACAGACCUUGGACUGCAUUAGCCUAGACUGCACAAGCCAUCUGUCUGUUGCUGUUGCAUGACUAUAAAUAAGUGGUUGACUCAAUCCAGCUGGAUUCCCUGGUACUGUAAAAUGCUCUAAAUAAAAUUCAGCUGUGGUUUAUACUGGCGGGGUAUGGGCUGAUCAAACCAACCCUGUGGUUUCCUGUAGCUUUACAUGCAAUGCAGUGUUUGAAAUGUGUGUGCAGCAUUGUCAGAGACUGACUCUACUGCAUGCCCCAUACUGCAGGAGAUGGCUGCUAAUAUCAUGGUUCUCCCUAGUUGUAAAACUCCAAGCACAUUCCCUGAAAUAGGGAAUGGAUUAAUACCCUGGGGCUGUGCAGCAGUUCUAACACUGGGCUGGGCUGCUUUUCUAUUACUUGGGGUGUCUGUUUGUUUCAUUGUGACCAGUUUGUAUUCCACAAGGGUAGAUCUUCCACAGGUAAAGCUGGACACAUCUCUAUAUGAACCACAGGACCACUGGAGUGGAAGUUAAGCAGAAAAACAGCUUUCUGUAGCCAGUCGAAGUGCCCUGCAUUGAAAAGCUGGGAAACCUCAUUACAGUACAGCCAGCUGAUAUACUGUAAGUGCAGGCGUGACUCAUGCAUUGAAAGGUUGUAUCCAAGGAUUUAACCUCUCUUGUCACUGUGUUCCCAUCAAACAGCAGAACAAACAGACUUCAAGUGCACUGCAGGUUUUAUACAGAUAGUGGGGGGUGACUGUUUUGUAUAACUGUUUUGGACUGUUUGAAAUUCUGUACUGCCCUGCAUCUGUUCUGUCCUGUAGUUUAAUUUGUUUUGAUUCAUUUUGUAAACUCUUUGAGAAUAAAAUCACAAUUACUGUGA